GCCCCAUGUAACUAGGAACCCAGGAAAGUAAACAAUGCGACAGCGACAGCGACAGCGACAUCUUAUUUACUGCGAGCUUGCGCGCACGAGGCAAACACGACCCAAAACACCUACGGCCCCCCCAAGAUGAACACGGCCGUGGCAGCCCACUACCGCAAGAUCGAGCUGCAGGCGCCCGAGGACCUGACCUACCUGCUAGCCAACGUGCGGCGCGCGGCCGCGGAGCACAUCAACGAGGCAUUCCCGCCGGUCGAGGGCGCGCAGGGCGAGGAGGACGAGCUGCGGAACCGGAUAGAGGAACUGAUCGACGAAUACAUAACCAAGACCUUCGCCCUCUCGGCGCCCAACCUCUCCAUCAACGGCCUCGACAUCGACGACCUCUCGGUGCUGUCCCCGGACUCGGCGGGCUCCCUCCCGAGGGGCGCCGGCGAGCCCGAGGUGGUCUACACGCCCUUCGACCCGCGCCUGCGGUCGCGCGUCGAGGACCUGACGCGGGAGGAGGAGGACCUGCUGCGCGACAUCGCCGCGCUCAAGAAGUCCGUGCCCUCGGCGACGGCGGGCGCGUACGCCGAGGCGUUCCGGGAGGGUCUGGCGCGGGACGAGGAGGCGCUGGCCGCCGAGAAGGCGAGGGAGGACGGGCCGUCCUCCUCCUCGUCCGGCGCGGGGCAUGAGGCUGCCGGCGGCGGUGGGUUGAGCAUGGAUAGGCUGGAGAGGCAGGAGGACGUGGAGAAGGCAUACGCGAGGGCGGUGGAGGGCCUCGCGAGGUUGAAGAGGGAUAUGCCGGCCGUGGUGGCGCGCAUGGAGAGGGCCAGGGGCGCCGGCAGCUAUGUUGUCACCGAGAGGUGACGAGGAAUCAUUCUCUGGGUCAGCAACCAACAAAGAAAUGAGGGAAGAAGGAUUGUGCCAUGUCGCAGUGGUGCUUGGGGUUUUGCCUGACAAUGGCGUUUUAGAAUGAGAGAUACCAGCAGGGCACGAAGCAGCGAAGAUUAUCAUGAACAUGGCACGAGCAUCAAUAUUUACAUGACACCUGUAUACGAUCUGGGAGUACGUCGGUUUUGGUACCCUGUCUAACGCCUGCCUGUUUUGAAGGUCAGGUUUAUUAUUCCUGCAGCCUCUACGCAUUUAUGCUCGUCCUAUUUAUAUGAAGUAUGCAGAUCACAAACGCGUCCUCCAUUUUUCUAAACCGGGACGCAUGUGUCUUUUCUUGUCUGUCGCAACAACACCGC